AUGGCUUUCCCAAAAAUUACCAAUUAUAGUCAAAUCAAUUACAAUGUGCGCUUCCUUACAAGUUCUACAACAUGUACCGGGGUAUAUCGAGGAAGUUCAGCUACAACAUGUACCGGAGUAUAUCGAGGGAGUUCAGCUACAACAUGUAUCGGGGUAUAUCGAGGGAGUUCAGCUACAACAUGUACCGGGGUAUAUCGAGUAAGUUCAGCUACAACAUGUACCGGAGUAUAUCGAGGAAGUUCAGCUACAACAUGCACCGGAGUAUAUCGAGGAAGUUCAGCUACAACAUGUACCGGGGUAUAUCGAGGAAGUUCAGCUACAACAUGUACCGGAGUAUAUCGAGGGAGUUCAGCUACAACAUGUAUCGGGGUAUUUCGAGGAAGUUCAGAGAACGCAUAUGAAAAUACAUCGUCGGAUGCCCAUGGAUGA